UUUCUUUAUAACAAAUCACGUACAGUCAGCUGCACCGACUGCGAAAUUUAUUAUUAAUAGGCCGCGAGCAAAAAUUAUAAUGUUGCUGUUGCAGACGAUGUGCGUCCGGAGGUUCGUUCGGUAUAAAUACACAUCGACCGUCUGCGGUCGAACACAAAUCCACCAAUUAUUGGUCGCCGGGUAUAAGUUUAAGUUUAAGAAUAACCGAAAACGCGUAUAAUAUAUUAUCGCAUUGAGUUCGUUUUAAACAGUUUUGCGUAUGGUCAAGCGUACGGACGCGCGUUUUCAUAUACGGAAAUACGUUCCUAUUUUUCUCUGGAUAAAAUAAAAACAAAUCGAACUCGUCGAGUUAGGUACGCGGCGUGUACAAAUAAUAAAUUGGAGUGUUUCAGUGUCGUUUUCCCGGUGACCUUUGCACUUUCGGUUGCACAUAUUAUCGUAGUAAUAAUUGUUUAUAUAAUAUCUGCCACUGCUGCUCGCAAUCGUAUCUAUAAAUUAAUCGAACGCGUUACGCACGGAAACCCGCGUUGUGCUCAUACGGCGCCUUGCAGCAUCCGAGGCAGCACGUGCAGCUCGUCGUCGUCAAAAUCCAACAACCGUUUUCAAACAACGACAACACAACACGUGUGCGAAAACGUAACAUAUGUCGUGAUAAACGGUGGCUCGUAAUAUUUUCUCAUCGUAUACAGUAUAUAGUGUGAUAUUAUUUUACACGGCUGGUGCACUAUAAUCGCGUUUUUCGUCUCCUUCGGGGUUUCGACGGUGCACGCGCGUCGCGAGCGCCAAACGAGCGGGAAUAAAAUCGUAUAUGAUACUCAACAGUGCGCGUACACGAAUCGACUGAAUAAUCAUUAAAAUAUCCGCGCGAGAUAUCGUCCGUUCGCGGACUUUUGAAAUUAAUCGUCUAUUUAUUACAUAUAACAUAUUAUUAUUAUUAUUAUUAUUAUUUGAAACUACCGUCAUAAAUCGUACACUGUGAUCAUGUUCAACAACACGAGCAAUUUACUUCUGCAGACCAUGCUGUACUUGGCGCAAACAGACAAUAUCACGUUCCCGGUAAACUAUACGGCGGACGCGAACAACGUUAUUUUGGAAGGCGACAACGUGGAGGUCAAAUGUUAUGGCGAGUAUGGUUGUUUCUCAGUGGCCGGUCCGUGGCAGGACGUCUCUUCCAGACCAGUGAACCUGUUCCCAGAACGGCCGGAUAAGAUCGCUCCGCGGUACUGCUUGUACACACGCAACAACCGGAACGCGUGCCAGUACCUGAAUCACAAGGACCGCAACUCGGUGAUCAUGUCCAACGUGAUCCCGACUUUGCCCACAUACUUCAUCACACAUGGAUUUCUAGAAGGCGGUGAUCGACCCUGGUUAAAGGAAAUCGCCCGUCAAAUCCUGCGACGGUACGACGCCAACGUAAUUAUCAUUGACUGGGAACAGGGUUCUGGGUCGCCAUAUACACAGGCUGUGGCCAACAUACGGAUGGUAGGCAGGAUAACGGCACACCUGAUAAACGUAAUUCGAACAGAACUCGGAUUAAACGUCGCCAACGUUCAUCUAAUAGGUCACAGCUUAGGAUCGCAUCUCUGUGGUUACGUAGGAAGUGUGCUACAAACGAACUUUGGAGUUACAGUAGGUCGAAUUACUGGUUUAGAUCCAGCUGAGCCUCACUUCAGCCAGACCGACCCAAUGGUGAGGUUAGAUCCUUCAGACGCCAUGUAUGUGGAUAUCAUACACACCGAUUCCAGACCAUUUAUCAAAGGAGGCGAAUUAGGUCUGGGAAUGAGUGCACCAAUAGGACACUUAGAUUUUUAUCCAAAUGGAGGUGAAAAUCAACCCGGGUGUAAUCAAGGCAUGAUGAAGUAUAUUAACCGUGAAAACGGUAGUUUCUACCAAGGUAUGAGAAGAUUCCUGGCCUGCGAUCAUGUCAGAGCACAUGAAUAUUUUAACGAAUCCGUGAACACAGUUUGCAACUUUGUAGCAAUAGAAUGCGAUUCUUAUGACGAAUUCUUAAAUGGAGACUGUUUUUCGUGUUUGAGUGAUACUAACCCUGAAGGUAAAAUCUGUGCAGAAAUGGGUAUGCGAUCAUUGGGCCACUGGAAAAAAUAUGCCCCCACAAUUGCCAGUUCCAUUGAUCCUAAUGCAUCUCCACACAUUCGUUUAUACUCACUCACUAACGGAGACUCGCCAUUUUGCACGUAUUUGUACAAAGUAACCUUGAAUUUGGCAAACUCACAAUUGAGCAAAGACCACGGUGGUGAAGUAGGGCAUUUUUUGGUGCAGCUUGAAGGAACUGACUCCAAGUCAAAACUUUUGAAUGUAUUCAAAGAACAACAUUACAAACCGGGAAGUAUACAUCGUCGAGUGUUUGGAUCUACUUACGUUGGUACCAUCAAAUCGGUACUGUUGGUGUGGAACCACUCGACCACGAUGAACAUACUAACCUGGAGAUUCGAAGCGCCGGUCAUCUACGUCGAAUCGCUGACUAUCGAGACGUUCAAUGGCGGGCAAAAGCUAAAACUGUGUCCACCGAAAUUAAUAGCUUUGGAAGCCGGCUUAUCAUUUAGAAUGAUUCCAUGUUAACACUAUUAAAGCGUGAAAAACUAAGAUUUGAAUUUUUAAAAUCGUUGCUUUUUUUCGUAUUACAUAUUUGGCUAGGCUAAUGACGAUUUUAUUUAUGUACCUAUAAUAUGAACUACAGUAUAAUAUCAUAAAACAAUACCUAUUUACCUAUUUAUUUUUAUUCGAAUAACGUGUUUUUAUUUUUCGUUUGUGAACUGUAUAUCAAUAUGUUAUUUUAUUUAUUUAAGCUUAAGAUAAUAUUCUCACUUUUACGUAUAACUGUACAAUAAAGUUAAUUCCUGAUAAACUAUUUAUUACUUAGAUUUUAAUCAAUGUUAUUUUUUUACAAAGUUUUAGGAGUAUGUUAUGUACCUAUGAUACCAUUAUAAAUGUAUAUUAUUAUUAUUAUUGUUUAUUUAUGUCAUUAUUUAUUAUAAUUUUUAUAAAUAAACUUUUAACUAGACUU